UCCCCGCCCCCACCGCUGGUUUCUGGCUCCGCGAUCCCCUCCCUUCCCCGCCCGCCCCCGGCGGCUGGCGAGCGCGGUGCAGCAUGCGGCAAAGCUCUUUGCAUAAAUUAUGCUCAUGACGCAGCAGCUAAAAAAAUCCAAGUAGCAGAAGGAGGGAAAAAAGGGGGGAGGGAAAAAGGGGGGGCCGUGGAAGGGGAAAAAGAAGAAAAAUAUAUAUACCUGACCACCCCCCCACCCCAGCUUCCCGGGCCCGCUUCCCCGGCGUCCCGCCCCCGCCCAGCGCAGCCCGCGGAGUCCCCUCCGGCUCCGUCCAGCCCGGGCUGGGGGCCCGGGGGCGGCGGCGGGUCCCGGCCGGUUUCUGGGCCGAGCCGAGCCGAGCCAAGCCGCACUGGCUUCUUUGUCUACAGGCGGCGGCCGCCCCGGGCCCCGGCCUCCCGGCCCGGGCUGUGAGAUGAAUCUCUAAUCGGUAGCCACCAGGCACCCGGGGCGAAGGCGGCUCGGGCUCGGGCUCCGCCCCUGUGUGUGCCUAGCCAGCCUACCACCAGCUUGGCAAGCCACCCAGGGCUGCCCAGGGCUCCAUGGUCUGAGGCCGGAGGUCUGCGAGCUACCUUUUUCCAAGAUGUGUUAGGUGUAGGUCGACCCCCACUCUGCCCUGACACGUGACCAUGGAUCCAGGAGCUGGUCCAGAGUCAUCUCUGACUGUCAACGAGCAGGUCAUCGUGAUGUCAGGCCAUGAGACUAUCCGUGUGCUGGAAGUUGGCGUGGAUGCCCAGAUCCCUGCUGAAGAGGAGGGCAAAGGACUGGAAGCUGUGGCCGCUGAGGGCUGCCAGAGCAGAGGCCCUGCUGAAGCCAAUGAAUCUGCUGGUGAAGCUGGGCCAAACAACCCAGACUCCUCUGCAGAGGCAACUGUGAAGUCACUCCCAGCAAUCCCUUCAAGCCCUGUCCCUGCGGUUGCCACCUUCAGCCAAGCCCCAAGCCAGCCUCAGGCAUCGCAGACCCUGACGCCGCUAACUGUUCAAGCUGCCCCCCAGGUCUUGACUCAGGAAAACUUAGCCACAGUUCUGACAGGAGUUAUGGUUCCAGCAGGGGCAGUUACUCAACCUCUUCUUAUCCCCAUCAGUAUUGCAGGUCAAGUGGCUGGUCAGCAGGGGCUGGCCGUGUGGACAAUUCCUACAGCAACCGUGGCUGCCCUCCCAGGACUGACCGCCGCUUCUCCUACGGGGGGAAUUUUCAAGCCACCUUUAGCCAGUCUCCAAGCAGCCGCCGUGCUGAACACCGCUCUCCCGGCACCUGUGCAAGCUGCUCCACCGGUACAGGCCUCCUCGCCUGCCCAGCCCCGGCCACCAGCUCAGCCUCAGACGCUGUUCCAGACCCCACCGCUGCUGCAGACCACGCCUGCCAUUCUACCACAGCCCACUGCUGCCACUGCUGCUGCCCCCACCCCCAAGCCAGUGGACACACCCCAACAGAUCACCCUCCAGCCUGCGGGCUUUGCAUUUAGCCCAGGAAUCAUCAGUGCUGCGUCCCUCGGAGGACAGACCCAGAUCCUGGGCUCCCUCACUACAACUCCGGUCAUUGCCAAUGCCAUUCCCAGCAUGCCAGGGAUCAGCAGUCAGAUCCUCACCAGUGCUCAGGGACAGGUUAUUGGAACACUCCCGUGGGUAGUGAAUUCGGCCAGCGUGGCAGCCCCGGCACCAGCCCAAAGCCUGCAGGUCCAGGCUGUGACCCCCCAGCUGCUGUUGAAUGCCCAGGGCCAGGUGAUUGCAACCUUGGCCAGCAGCCCCCUGCCUCCACCUGUGGCAGUCCGGAAGCCAAGCACGCCUGAGUCCCCUGCUAAGAGUGAGGUGCAGCCCAUCCAGCCUACGCCAGCUGUGCCCCCGCCUGCUGUGGUCAUUGCCAGCCCAGCCCCAGCGGCCAAGCCAUCUGCUUCUGCCCCCAUCCCAAUAACCUGCUCAGAGACCCCCACUGUCAGCCAGCUGGUAUCCAAGCCCCAUACCCCGAGCCUGGAUGAGGACGGGAUCAACUUAGAAGAGAUCCGGGAGUUUGCCAAGAACUUUAAGAUUCGGCGGCUGUCCCUGGGCCUCACGCAGACCCAGGUGGGGCAGGCUCUGACUGCAACAGAAGGCCCGGCCUACAGCCAGUCAGCCAUCUGCCGGUUCGAGAAGCUGGACAUCACGCCCAAGAGUGCCCAGAAGCUGAAGCCGGUGCUGGAGAAGUGGCUGAAUGAAGCCGAGCUCCGGAACCAGGAAGGCCAGCAGAACCUGAUGGAGUUUGUGGGAGGGGAGCCCUCCAAGAAACGCAAACGCCGCACCUCAUUUACCCCCCAGGCCAUAGUGGCUCUCAAUGCCUACUUUGAGAAGAACCCGCUGCCCACGGGCCAGGAAAUAACCGAGAUUGCCAAGGAGCUCAACUACGACCGGGAGGUCGUGCGGGUCUGGUUCUGCAAUCGGCGCCAGACACUCAAGAACACCAGCAAGCUGAACGUCUUUCAAAUCCCUUAGGGCUCAGCCCCCAGCCCUGUGUUCCAGCACUUUGUACUUGUCCCUUGGCACCCGGCUGCAGCCACGGCCGUGACAGCACCUGUCGUUCUGCUACAUGUGGCUGUGCUUGUCCUGGGUCUUGAGACUCCACCGUGUGCAUGCGUGUCAGUGGCCUCCCUCCCGCCCCCCACACAGUGCACACCAUGGGGAGGCAGAGGAGCCUGCCGAGGGUGCCAGGCUCUGGCUGGUCAUGCCGAGGGAGGGAAUUGUGGUGUCACUUAAAUAAGCACUUUGCUAAUGUGAUUUUGGAAGAGUGAAUUCUGCCCUGUCUUAGGGGCAGGGCUGUAGCAGCCCCUAAGGACUGGUUAUUAGCUCUUGUUUUCGAUAGCAUUCUCUUUCCACCCUCUCUUCUCUCCUCCUCUGUGUAAGUGUGGCAGGUAUGGCAGUGUGUCCACAGGACCACAGACUCACCCCCCUUUGCCUACAGGCACUCUGUCCCCUGAAAGGACCUAAGAGACACAAUUCUGAAAAGUGUGAUGUGCUGCUCAGAAGGUCAGACUUGGUGUCUACCUUGACCUCAAGGUCAGAAGGUUCCACAGCCCUGGGACCAGAACAUGGCACCUCCUCCCACCUCUGCCUGGUUCCUAUGGAGGAAAAUUGCACUAAAGCAGAACCUUUUCUUUUGUAAUCCACGUUGGAAGGAAGCAACAGAGAGCUCUAGCUGUCCUGGAGUUGACCUGGAUCUGUGGUAGGUCAGGAACUUAGUAAAUAAGGCCAUUCUUCCAGAUUUUAAUCUAAUCUCUGUCCAUGACCAUCUCCUCCCAGAACGGUUGCAGCCUGGAAAACCCGAGGCCCCAGUAAGCAGACACUUUGGAGAAAAAUGAGGAAAGAUGUGCUGGCUCUUUCUCUUGUCCUCACAUUAUUCCCCAACCCCGGAUCAGGGCCUUCUCAGAAGGGGCAAAUUCAA